CGGGGACCAAAGUCAUCGUCCAAUAGCCGCACACACGACGCUGGUGGGGCUCCGCUUUCGUUUGCACACGCUAUAAAGCCCCGCUAAUUGUCCACGCGGCGAACAGUCGGUGCGUGCCCCCUUUUAAACGACGAUGUAGCGCGGCGUCCGAAAAAUCGAGGAUCCGUGCACCCAAGAUCAUUGUGACGAUCGAGAUCGAGCACGUGUCCUGGACUUGGAUCACAGGGUCAUGAGAGUCGUUGCGAUCCGCGAUUUUUUUUUGUUAUUUUUCCCAUUUCCGUUUUAUCCUGUUGAAACAGUGAAAAGACAUCCGGAAGAAGAAGAAGAAGAAGAAGAAAAGAGUAAAGUUUGUUCGAAAUCGACUUAUCGAGUCGGACAAAAGUGAAGAAGCUAGAUUUCAUUUUAUUUCUGUGACUUCUGCAGAGAGUUUCUCGUUUUAGAAACAAAACCACGACGAGAUUUGUGAUACGCCUAGUGAAGUUUCGCGUUGCUCUCGGACGAUCGUGGAAAAGAUAUCGAGAUAAUGACAGUCAUGGUGGAGUCCGUAAAAGCCGAGGAGGGCGAACGUCCGAAGAUCGAAACCUUCGACGACAUACUACCGUACGUUGGCGAGGCCAGCCGCUACCAAUGGUUCCUUUUCAUCAUGCUCCUGCCCUUCACCUUCGUCUACGCGUUCCUCUACUUCACGCAGUUCUUCAUCACGCUAUUGCCAGCUGAACACUGGUGUACCGUUCCGGAACUCGAACGAUGGAACCUCACAGACAAACAAAAGAUUGCACUAUCGAUCCCUCCAGCGUCGAGUGAGGAAUUGCUGGCGGAAGGUGCGACUUCGUUUUCGCGAUGUAACAUGUACAAUGUGAACUAUACCGACAUAUUGGAGAGUGGUAUCAGAGAGGCAGACCCAUCCUGGCCAAUAAAACCAUGCCAAUAUGGAUGGACCUUUAAUCACACGAUGAUACCAUACAAAUCUAUAGCUGUCGAGCUGGAAUGGGUAUGCGACCACGCAUUCCUCGGCUCAGCAGCACAAUCGGCCUUCUUCGUCGGCAGCAUUCUUGGAGGCUUAAUAUUCGGUUACAUAGCCGACCAUUGUGGCAGAAUUCCGGCGUUGGUUGCGUGUAACGCGGUUGGUUUCAUCGCGUCUGUCGGCACUGCGUUUUGCAACAGCUUCUGGAGCUUCUGUCUGGCGAGAUUAGUCGUCGGUACCUCGUUCGAUAACUGCUUCAACGUGCUUUUCAUUAUCGUGAUCGAAUAUGUCGGUCCGAAAUAUCGAACUCUGGUAGCGAACAUGUCGUUUGGACUUUAUUUCGCGGCAGCCUCGAGUCUUCUGCCUUGGAUCGCAUAUUGGAUCUCAAAUUGGAGGAUCCUCAGCAUGGUCACCGCGUGUCCUAUGGUGGUUGCGUUUGUAGGACCAUGGAUUGUUCCUGAAAGUGCACGUUGGUACAUAACCAGUGGCAGGGUGGACAAAGCGAUCGAGAUGCUGAAAAACUUCGCUAAAGUGAACGGUAAAGAGGUGAAGCAAGAAAUAUUCGACGAAUUUGAGAAAAGUUGCAAGGCGAUGAAUGAGAAGGAUCAAUCGCAUAAUCAAUACACUGUCCUACAUCUCUUCAAGCUGCCACGACUUGGUCGUAUCACUAUCAUGCUCAUCAUUUAUUGGUUGCUGAUGGUGUGGGUGUUCGACGGCCACGUUUGGAACAUGAAACUUCUGGACCCCGACGUUUUCACGUCGUUCUCUUUAGCGUCCCUCACGGAACUUCCGGCCGCUGUUCUACUCGCCCUUUUCCUCGACAGAUGGGGCAGACGAUGGAUGGGUUUCGCAUCGAUGUUCCUCUGUGGCAUUUUCUCCUUCGUUGCUAUCGCUACCCCCUCUGGUUCGACAACGGUUGCCAUGGCGAUUAUAGCGCGUCUUGGGGUGAAUAUCGCCGCGAAUAUUGGUUUCCAAUAUGCAGCGGAAAUGCUGCCGACUGUGGUGAGAGCUCAGGGCGUGUCUUUGAUCCAUAUCAUCGGUUAUAUCGCCCACAUUUUGGGACCUUACAUUAUUUAUCUGGCUGACAUUGAUCCAUCUUUACCACUGGUUGCCCUCGGUUUGCUGUCUUUUGGACACGCCUUCCUGACCCUUGGCUUGCCAGAAACGUUGAACCAGGAAUUACCAGAAACCCUACAGGAGGGUAACGACUUCGGCAAGGAACAAAGUUUCUGGUGGGUUCCGUGUAUAUCCUCGAGCAAAAUGCUGAAAAAAUCUUAUAGAAAGAAGAAAGGCCUUUCAAAUCCAGCAUUUACCGGCAGUGUUCAAAAAAUCGAUUGUACUAGGUUAUAGCGGUUAGAUUUGGCGACGGCGCGAAAUUUGCCAGUGGCGUAGAACUUGCCAGUAGGGUGAAAUUUACCAGUGGCAUGAAACUUGUCAAUGGCGUGAAACUUGUCAGUGACAUGAAAUUGCCAGUGGCGUGAAACUUGCCAAAUUCGUUGUAAAUAUAGUUAUUAAACGUGCGCGUGUGAUGUUAGAUGUUAAGAUAUUACGAACGUAUUGAGAUUGGAGAGCUAUUGAGAGAAACUAGGAGGAGAAGAGACAAG